ACCAGCAACUGUCACCAGUGCUGUGAUCGAACGAGCGAACGCAUAAAAAAGGAAGAAAUUAUUGCGAGAACGGAGGAAAAAUCAUCGUUGUGUGUUUCCAUUUUUAAACCUGCGUAAUUUUUUCGGAAAAUUGUAUCUAUCCAAAACCGUUGCGGUUGAAAACAAAACGGUAGUGAUUUCCAAUCAGCAGCUUUCAAGUUUUCAACGGAAGCAAAAGGUUUGCUACGGUGGCACAAAAAGAUUGGAACAAACCAGUUCCUGUGCUGCUUUUUGUGGCCAGAAGCAUCCCGUUUCGUUACAAUUUGUUCCUAUCAGAUACUGAUAACAGCCAAUUCAACUGUUUAGGUUAAAAAAGUGCCAGAUAGAUUACAAUUUUGAUUGCAAACAUUUCGGGGAGUCUUUUCCAAAACUUGUCACGCAAACAUGGCGGAUCAAACAAAUCAGAACUCCACUCAGGAGCAAGUCCGCACCAAGUUUCUGCCACUGGAUAUGAACAACGCCAACUGCGACCGGAGACGACCAUCAAAGAAGCUCUGCUUCGAACCAAGUCUGGUCGGAAGUUUUCCCGCUAGGACGCCCCCGCUAUCGGACAAAACGCGAGAUCGAAUAAAGAUGCAGGCGACGGGAAAGCUGCAAAUCGCUGCCAAUCAAAUCUAUGACUUCACCGCAGAUGAUCUGAUAGACGAGGGCGAAAUCGGUCGGGGAGCUUUCGGUGCCGUGAACCGCAUGAAGUUCAUCCAAACGGAUACGGUGAUGGCCGUCAAGCGGAUCCGGUCCACGGUGGACGAGCGGGAACAGAAGCAACUGCUGAUGGAUCUGGAGGUGGUCAUGAAGUCCAACGACUGUAACACGAUUGUCACUUUCUACGGAGCGCUGUUCAAGGAGGGAGACUGUUGGAUAUGCAUGGAACUGAUGGACACGUCGUUGGAUAAGUUUUAUAAGUUUAUCUGUGAUUGUCAGCACGACCGGAUCCCGGAGUCGAUUCUAGGUCAAAUUACGCUGGCGACAGUGCGAGCUUUGAACUAUUUGAAGGAGGAAUUGAAGAUAAUACAUCGGGACGUUAAACCCAGCAAUAUCCUGCUCAAGCAGAACGGGGAUAUUAAGCUGUGCGACUUUGGCAUUUCGGGACAGCUGGUGGAUUCGAUUGCGCGAACUAAAGACGCUGGCUGUCGUCCGUAUAUGGCGCCCGAACGGAUUGAUCCACAGCGUGCUAAGGGUUAUGGUGUGCGUAGUGAUGUUUGGUCCCUAGGUAUCACGCUGAUGGAAGUGGCCACCGGGAAAUUUCCCUAUCCCAAGUGGGGUUCCGUGUUCGAGCAGUUGUCACAGGUUGUCGAAGGGGAUCCCCCGCGACUGUCACCAUCCUACAAUGGCAUGGAGUUUUCAAUUGAUUUUGUAAAUUUUGUAAAUACUUGCUUAAUCAAAGACGAGCAAGACCGACCGAACUACAGUAGACUGUUGCAGCACGCCUUUAUUCAGCGAGCGGAGCGAAGCCACACCGACGUUGCGGCGUACGUUGGUGAAGUGCUCGAGUCCAUGGCCAACAAUGGCAUCACACCGUUCACCACGAACCUGCCGGCGGAACGUUGGAACGAGAGUUUCAACUAGGACCCGCGCGCCUUUUUGAGGCUCAACUACUACUACUUUUCCUUCUUUCCUAGUUCGGCAUAAGAUCGGUACAUGAACCUGCAGCGCCACGGUGCAAGGUGUGUCGAGAUGCUUGCACAUGUGAUUUUAUGGCCGCGUGUGUAUGUUCGUUAAUGUGAUAGUAAGAGUUGUUCGGAUGGGGUUCGGGUUGUGGCGACUGAUUGGUUUCGGUUUGUUUGGGAAAUCGUUUUCAAUCCUGGGUUCUUUAUCAAAAGCAGGUUGUUGAAAUGGGGGUGUGACGAGGACAAUAAAUUGUCUCCCAAGUUUUUUUUGUUGUAUACUCUUACGUUGAAAAUGAAUGGGGAAAUCUAUUGUUCUGCGGAUCCGUGUAAGCAGGUAUUUGUGCGUGAUUGUUGAUAUGUGUGACUGCAAGAAAAUAAUCGUGAUUGAAAUGCAGAGAUUGAAUAAUUUUUAAACAAAAUAUAUAUAAAAUAAUUAAUUGUGAAAAAAACAGAAGAAAUACAAAGUAAAAACAGAGUUAGAGGAUAAAUAGCAGAGUUAGCGAGACGAGGAAGCAAAAAAAAACUAGUUGUUGUUAGUUGUUGAAUAAAUCAAUUGAUUUUGAACGCUAAAAAUAGUCGCUUUUUAGGGGAGAAGUGUAUCAAACAAAAUGUGAAGCCACGCUAACAGUUGAACUAAAAUCUUUCUAAUAACUUAAGAUACUAGAUUACCUGCUUGAAGUAAACUUCAUGAGAUUUAGUCCUAUAAAACUAAGCUUUUUACCUUUUUCCUUAAAUGCAGAAGAUUCAAAAGAUAGUCUACUCGUAGCCACUUGCUUUUAAAUCACUGUAAAUCCAAUUCUGGGGAAUGCAUUUUCUUGUGUAAGAAUCACCUUUCAAAGUCGUUUUAUUUGUUGCUAUCCGCUUAAAGGUUCAAACAGAAUUCUUCGUAACUGAUGCAGCAUCAAGACCAACUUGAAUAUCCAGAUUUUGACGCUUCCUCAAUGGCGGAGUAUUCUUUUUGACCCUUAAGUCUAAUAUCUUUGCCUUAACUAUCGUAAGCAUAACACAUUCAACCUAAAUGUUCCCUCGCUCUGGAUUUUGUUAGUUCAAAUUAGAGCAUAGAUGCAUCUAGUGUCAUUAUUUUCCACAUCAUUUAUUGAGCUUUUUCCACUGCAAACUUGCGUAGCAUGUUCCACUUUUCUUUGUCAGGGCUUGAAAGAAGACCUCCUCUUUGAAGAGCUUAUCACCAAUACUGUAGAAAAUGAAAAAAAGAAAAAUACAAGAAACACACGCAGCCACACUAACAUACGACUAUAAUAGAUUACAACACUACUAGAAGCAAGAGGUUAAACAAAGUAACUAAAAGAAGUUUUAAUCUUAAGAAAAAGGGAUUAUUCUAAGCCGAAAUUGGCGGAGAAGAACCUCCGAAACGCCAUAGACAAGCGGAGAUCGCAACACAACUAACUAAGAAACAACCAAGAAGAACGACUAUUAGUAGAGCAAAAUUUGUUGUAGACAUUCGUAAACACACACACACACACACACACAUAUAGACAACAAUAGAUCCUUCAGUGAUUCGUUUACACCAUAAUUAAGUGGACAAACAAAAUACAACAACAAAGCAAGAUACAAAAAACCAUUAACCAUCCUGUAAGUUAUGGAACUGCAGACAAGUAAGAAUAAACCACAAUGCAAUAUUAGAGAA